CUGCUUCCCUUGCGCUGUGGCUACAUGUGCGUUAUUAUUUACCUUUGAAUGCAAAAGUGUUAUUUGCAAACGGGGAUUGCAAUUAUUUCCUGAGAUAAAUGUACUGGCUUGUCAGUAAACCGACUCGGAACACCCAUGCCUGCUGCAGAUUGUUGCUUCCGUCUCUGCAGAUGAUGACCAGCCCUGUCUUUAAAGGAGAGGACAAGACAUCCCCCACAUGGUUCCAGCCUAGAGCUACACCACACUGAAGGAUGGUAGUUUAACAGAACUAGUUUCCCUGCCCAGAUUGAUACUAGGGGUAUUGUUCCCCUGCUCAGACAUUCCAUGCAUCAACCAAUGGUUGCGUGCCACGCCAUCAACUGUGUCAUCGGCUGACAGAUUGCUAUAACAUGAUAUGGUUAGUUGAUACUUAAAAUACCUAUCCAGGCGUUGUAAGAUCUGUCAGGCGUCAGCAGCUCAAAAAUGGAGGGAGGAGAUUCACUGCAUAGCCUUAACCUGAAACAACUCAAAAUGGCUGCUGUCGUUUGUUUACCUGUCGUGAGACUCCACAGACUAACGAAGGAUCAACUGUCUCUCGCUGCUCAGAAGAACAACAACAAACCAGGCAGAAAACCAACCAAGAAAAACUCCACCACCACCGGAAAUAAAACAUCCACAGGAAAAGGAAACGACUCUGCUGACACCAAAAGUGUUUCUAGCCAGGUAUCACCGGCCCCUAAGUGGUGGGGUCGCCCCAAGGGAAGCAAAAACAAACCCAAAAUAACUCUCAAACUCUCCAGCGCCAUCCUGAGGCCUGACGCGGUAAAACAAGAGGUGAAACAAGAGAUGGACGAUCUGCCUAUCGGUACGAGAAGUGAUGAACACUGGUUGAGCGCUGUGAAGCCAGAGAGCUACGACCCAGAGAUGGGUAACACCGGGGAACCUACAGAGAGCAACCCCAGGACAGAUGCACUUUACCUGGGUAUCAAGACGGAGGAUGCCCCCCUGUACCACCAGGAUGGAGGGAGGCGGCUGCGGUCGGCUGCGGGUCAGCUGUUCAAUCCGGCUGCGUUGCGGUCCGACCCAGAAUGGCGGCCUCGCAACCAGAAGGUCCGCCGGUUCCCGUGCCCGGACUGCGGCCAGAAGUUCUUCUCCAAAACCACGCUGGAGUUACACUCCCGGAUCCACACCCAGUACCAGCCGUACUCCUGUGAGGUGUGCCAUAAGACGUUCUCCCGGAAAGGCGGUCUGGUCGAGCACCGGCCUAUCCACGAUGCGGAACGCCCCUUCGCCUGCCACCAAUGCGGCAGAACCUUUACUUUCAAAUCCAACCUGACCCGCCACAUGCGGUUCCACAGCGACGCGCGGCCCUACGUCUGCUCCCAGUGUGGCCAAGGCUUCAAGAUCUCCGCCCAACUCAAGAGCCACAUGAUGUCCCACAGCGGGUAUAAACCGUACGUGUGCCCGGAGUGCGGCCAGAGUUUUGUCCGUUACAUGAGUCUGAAGUAUCACCGACUGAGCCACACCGGCGAGCGCCCGCUGUCCUGCCCAGAGUGUCCCAUGACCUUUGCCCGGCCGCACACCCUUAUGAUCCACCGGCGACAACACACCGGGGAGACACCGUUCUCUUGUCAGGACUGUGGGAAGCAAUUCAAACAGGGGUGCCAGCUGAAAGACCACGUUAGAAGGAAACACACAGGGGAGAAACCAUACAAAUGCUCCGAGUGUGACAAGUGCUUCAUCACUUCGACGUCCCGUAAAGUGCACAUGGUUGUCCACACAGGAGAGAAGCCGUACAAAUGCAUGGAGUGCUGUAGGAGCUACAGUCAGAGUUGGGGCCUGAAGCGACACAGGUGUGAGCAGCAAACCAGGUGAGAGGAACCUUGGGUGUACAGUGAGGGAAAAAGUAUUUGAUCCCCUGCUGAUUUUGUACGUUUGCCCACUGACAAAGAC